AUCAUAAAUCGAUGCCCGAAAAUCGACCUAUUUUUGACUUCAGGCUGAAGAAUCUCUCCACACAGCCCAUUUGCUGUCUGUCUUGAGAGUCUUCAGCAUUGCAGACACGAAUCUCAGAGUCUCAACGCAUUACUGCUGAACCAGAACCAGAGUCGCCGCAACUACUAACAACGACCACCAACAAUGGCAACGUUUGUGAAACUCAACACCGGCGCUCAUAUGCCGACUGUGGGACUCGGGACAUGGAAGUCCCAACCAGGUAAGGUGACGGAGGCCGUGAAAGCAGCGAUCACCGCCGGCUAUCGACACAUCGACGGGGCCUUCGUCUACCAAAACGAGAAAGAGGUUGGCGAGGGCAUCCACGCUAUGAUCACGGAAGCUGUGGUCAAGAGAGAGGAUCUUUUCGUGGUCAGCAAGCUGUGGUCUACUUUCCACGCCAAGAGCAUGGUGAGAGGAGCGUGUGAGAAGACUCUGAGCGACCUGAAGCUGGACUAUCUGGAUCUGUACCUCGUCCACUGGCCCAUGGGCUACAAGGCCGGGGCCGAGCUCUUCCCGUGUGACGCUGCAGGAGAACCAAUCUGCAGCGGCACUGACUUCCUGGAUACAUGGGAGGCCAUGGAGGAGCUGAUGGACGCCGGGCUGGUGAAAGCCAUCGGGAUCUCCAACUUCAACAAGCAGCAGGUGGAGUCUGUGCUCAACAAGCCCGGGCUGAAGUACAAGCCGGCCAACAACCAGGUGGAGUGCAGCCCAUAUCUGAAUCAAGCGAAGCUGAUCGAUUACUGUAACUCCCACGGCAUCGCAGUGACGGCCUACAGCCCCUUGGGCUCCCCCGAUCGUCCAGGGGCUCAGCCGGGUGACCCCUCCCUCUUGGAAGACCCCACCAUCAAGUCCAUCGGCGAGAAACACAAGAAGACUACAGCCCAGGUCCUGAUCCGGUUCCAGGUCCAGAGAAACCUGGUGGUGAUCCCAAAGUCUGUCACACCCUCCCGCAUACAGGAGAACUUCCAGGUGUAUGACUUUGAGCUCACUGAGGAGGAAAUGAAGACCAUAUUAGGACUGCACAGGAACUGGAGAUGCUGCCCUCUGGCCAUGAGCAAGAAUCACAAGGACUACCCGUUCCACGCUGAGUAUUAGGCGGGAGUGAGCACGCACAGCUACAUGCACUCCAAUGUCACCCUGCGCACACGCGUCUGCUUGAGUUUACUGACACAUCUGGGUUUGUUACACUCCCCUCAAUCAUUAAACGUUGUUUUGAAAAGGUCCCCGAAAGAAAAAUUAAACUGUGAUGUGUACUUUU